AUGAAUACCGAUCCGCCCAGAACUUUCGUGCCGAAGAAAGAUCGUGGCGGCAAGAGAACGCAGCCGAAUCCCAUCACGAGCGCAAUCAAUAUCUGGAUCGAUUCUCUUCCGCCUCUGACCCGCCACACUCUGCAUCCCAGCGUCGAACAGCUGCAAGCUAAGGCGCCAAAGCGAUGGGUGGUGUACCCUCCAAUGGCACUACUGCCAUCAGACAGCUUUGAUAGCGAGUGGACCGCAGUUUUGACCCAGAGCCACGUCUCUCGUGCUGACCCUCACAUUUCGCGCCUCUGCGAACUGAUACUGGAGAAGAUUGGCCGCAAGGAGGGGAAGGGUAUCCUCACACAUCUCGCCAUGAAUGCCGGAAUUCCGCUCUACGAACCUUCGACGCACAACGACGCAAGCCAAAACAUCCUUCGUACUCCAAGCGGUAUCCAUCUGCUGUCAGGAGAUUUUGGGCCCGCCCUAAAGAAUGACGAUCGGCCAGGCGAGCGCGAGCUCCAGGAAGCCUUCUGGGUCAGUACGAAGCAAAACGGCAUCACUCAGGUUUGGGCACCUCGGUACACCAUGUUCAGUCGCGGAAAUAUCAAGGAAAAGACUAGACUCCUUCGUUUCCACGCUGACAACCCUCUACCCAACGCCGAGUUGAAGCAAGCCUCCGCCAUAGAUCUCUACGCUGGAAUCGGCUACUUUGUCUUUAGCUAUGUAAAGAUGGGUCUCGGCAGAGUUUUGGGCUGGGAACUUAAUCCAUGGAGUGUUGAGGGACUGCGUCGGGGUGCCGUUGCAAAUGGGUGGAGCAUUAAGAUAGUGGACACAGAAGAAGACCUCACAUCUAUUGUGGAGACCAUUGUUGUAUUUCUAGAAGACAACCUACUAGCGAGCAAGCGUUUAAAACGCCUUGAUCUCGCAGAAAGUGUCAUGCACGUCAAUUGUGGACUGCUCCCAUCCAGUAUUUUAAGCUGGCAGGUUGCAAUUCAAGUCAUUGGGAGAAAUGGCUGGCUUCAUCUGCACGAGAAUGCCACUCUCAAAGGCGUCUCUGCGAGAAGACUCGAAAUUGAAGCCAUCCUUCACCAAUGGCUCCACGAUUCCAAGGACACAGUGAGUAUCAGUCACGUCGAACUCGUCAAGUCAUAUGCCCCUUCAAUUUGGCAUUGCGUAUUUGAUGCUAAAAUCACCCGAGUUCUCGCGAAUGGUAGUCUUGAAUCACGCACUCCGGUUUGCACAACUAUCUGGUAG